UUUCUAAUAUUUUUGAAGUAACAUUGACUAAUGCAGUAAAGUAGAGGGCACUAAAUGAGAUACGCAUUCAAGAUGGCGAUAUAUUCACUUCCCUUUUCUUUCUGAAUCGACGGCCAUCAUGCCUCCGAAAAAGGAUACUAAGGGGUCUUCAAAGCAGCCACAAAAAACACAAAAGAAAAAAGAAGGUGGAUCUGGUGGCAAAGCCAAGAAGAAGAAGUGGUCCAAAGGAAAAGUACGUGAUAAGUUAAACAAUCAGGUGUUGUUCGACAAAGGCACAUAUGAAAAACUACUCAAGGAAGUGCCACAAUACAAAUUGAUCACACCCUCCAUUGUUAGUGAAAGGUUAAAAAUUCGUGGUUCACUUGCUAGGAGAGCACUGAUUGAAUUGCAACAAAAAGGACUUAUUAAGCAAGUUGUACAGCAUCAUGCACAACUUAUUUACACACGUACCACUAAAGGUGAUGAUCCGGCUGCGUAAUUCGUUUUUACGCAAUGUAUAAUAACGUUUAAUAAAAAUUCUUAAUAAACCCAAA